GUUUCUUUAUUACGAGCUCUGAUCUGAUCUGUGCAAAUAGAGGUACAUCCAUAAUUAAUACAUACAACAGGGCAGAAAAGAAAUGUUGCUUUUCCCCAAGUGAUAUAAGCGAGAACCUGUUAUAUGAAUUUAUUUUACGAAAUUUUUAAAACGUCGAGAAAACACUAUCUGUUAUGCCACCUUUACUAUGCAACAAACUUAUAGUUAAACAUGUUACAGUAUAAAAUAUAAAAUAUGAAAGCUACUUCAUUUUUUCUUACGAAUCGCAAUUCCUCCCAGCAGAAUUAUUCAGUCCAGAUUUCGUUACCAAUCACUAGCACUCGCGUUAUCUGAAUCACCCUUUCCAAGAUUGAUAUAAAAAUAAAAUAAAAGAGUGAAAACAUUUCUUUCAUCGACUAGGAAAGUAGCAUCAAUGUUUGCUAAUAUACAUAUGUAUUUGUUAAUGAAAAAUAGAUGUGUGUUCAUUGUACAUACAAGAGGAAUAACUAGACCAAGAAGAAAUAAUCGACGAGAGAAUCUCUACUUAAAGUGUAAUUGUAUACAUAUUUUAUACAUUGGGGGAGGAUAAAUGUUCGCAAAAUAACAGUCCUAAGAUAAUCAUUGUUCGCGAGUGUAAUGGUCGUAUAAUGGAAUCAAUUUUCAUACGAAAUGACAGUUUAUCGAUUGUUCUAUCAAUGAAACUGACAACAGGGAGAAUCGUCGCGUUGCCUCGUCGCGUCAGAUCGUAACGGAUAAUCCGAUAACACCAUGAGCGAGAAGGAUGGAGUUAAAGACGUGCUCGUUCUAAACGAACAGAUCUAUUCGAUGUGCGAUGUUUGGCCAUUGAGCAAUUCCUACAAGAAAUUCGUCAUGUAUGCGUCCUAUCUUUUCGUUCACUUGGUCGUCAUGAAUAUGAAUCUCUACGACGUGAUAGGAGAUUUGACAGAAACAGUUAAGAACAUAACAGACAGCGCGAUCAUGACGACAACCUUCCUCAUGAUAUUUCAAAUUCGUUUCAGCAAAUUGAUCAGGGACGUGAUUAUAACAGUAAAAGAGGAACUAGCGAAUGGUGAUUUUGAAAAUAUCAAUGAACUUGACUUGUAUCUAUCUUACAAUAAAAUAUCAAAUAAAUUUGGAAAAUACGCGAUUAGAGGAAGCUUUAUCACCUGGUUAUGGUGGUAUACAGGUCCUCUGUUACAUGUGCUGCUAUCGGGUUCAGUUACAGGAAAAGGCAACGAUACAAACUCUUACGUUCUACCCUUUUCUGCUCGUGCUUUUGUCGAUUAUGAAGACAACUUUCAGAAUUAUAUGAUUAUGUUCGUGUAUCAAUUACCUAUAAUGUUUGUCGCACUAUUUCAUACAAACACUGUUAGUUUUAUUUUUAAUUUGGUGCUGCACGUGUGUGCGAAAUUUUCAAUCUUGUCGCAUCGUAUUCAAAAUAUUCAAGUAGAUUCACUUUCGGUCAAUCAAUUUCCUAGUAAAAUUAAAGAGUUGGUGAAUAAGCAUCUAAAACUGAUCUUGAUGGCAAAAACGAUCAAUUCAGCACUCGAUACUAUUCUUUUGAUAGAGCUGAUACAAACAAGUAUAAGGAUGGGCGUACUCGUCUAUAUGUUGUCGACCGAGAUGGGAAAUUUUCUGAAUACUCUCAGGUGCACGUUAUACAUUAUUGCGGUCACUGCUAUUCUUUAUUUGUAUUCGUACAUAGGCGAAUGCAUGGCGCAGGAGUCAACGAGAGUGAUCGAUGCGUACUAUGAUUUCAACUGGUUGAAAUUAUCAAUAAAAGAUCAAAAAACAUUGCUGCUUUGUAUGAUCGCCGGGCGAAGAACGAUGUACAUCACUGCUGGCAAAGUUUACAUAUUCUCCUUAUUCGGUUUUAUCGGCAUCUUGAAAACCUCGUUCGGAUUUGUUUCCCUGUUACAAGCUCUGGUUUAAUUCGAAAGAUAAACAUUUCAACCGAGCUGUUGUUAUAUUAUAGUUUUAUGUUAUAUUUUAUGGAUUGUUUGUUUUAAAUAAAUAUAUAUAUAAUGGA